AUGUCCACCGUCACUCGAAGCUCGGCGCAGCCUCAAAAGUCUAAGCAGUCCCAAGGCGAGCCGGUAAUUCCUCUUCUUGAACCGAAUCAGCGAAGGACUCACCCUAUAUCAAAGAGCCCUCUCGCACAAUCAGCACCUGCUUCAGCAACAAAGCGGAAGGCCGACACACCAGCAACAUCACGAAAAGCACGAUGCCUGUCGUCUUCCACCUCCCCCAUAGAGUAUCGACAACCUUUGCCGGAAUUUGUGCCCCACGCCAGCCUUGGUGGAGCGCCACCAACAGAGUCCCACGGCAAUACUCGCGCAGGAGCGCAGCCGCAUAAUCCCGGAUGGAGUAGCGGCAAGGACCACACGAACGGCACCCAUGAUGAUAACCGCGGCCCAACAGUACCGGCACCGGAUCCUCGUAACAGGAUCACAUCUACCUCUGUGCGUCGUGAAUCGAUAGGGGCUUUGACAGUCCCGCACGCCGUUUCUACCAUAGAAGUUGACCACCCUGGAUACGUGGAAGAGCACCUUGCUGUGUUCGUUGACGAGAUCCUCGCGUACGACGGCAAAACAGAGAAUAGCGACGCUCGAGCCGUAUGGGGUUUAAAGCCCCUUACCUACGCCUCCGACGUUCAUGCGACAGGUCUGCUCCACGCAAGCUUAGCGAACAGAAAACUACGUCGCCGGCCUAACGAGGAUCUGCGUAAAGAGAAAGAAUCACGGCUUCAAAAGGCAAAGGAGCGAGCCACAGCGGCGAAGGAGAAGCAUGCAUCUGCACAACUCACGACCGAGCACGAAACACGACGUCUCGAAGGUGUGAACGACAUAGUCGAGAAAGACCAGGUGGCUCUACAAGAGGCGGAGAGGAAGCUAGAGGAGGCGCGAAGGAAGCUGCAAGAGACGCAGCGUAUUGCGCAGGUUCAAGGGAGAACUUGUCGAGAGGCGGAGGAGAGUGAAAGCCGUUUGGAGGAGGAAGCCAAGAAAGCCGUCAAGGGCAGAGACCAGGCGGAAAACGAGCUGUGUCAGAUGCAUCAAGACGAAGAGAGGAAGCGUAGAUACGAUGAAGAAUUGGAAGAGCAGAUCAACCGGAACAGCGACGCGACUGCCAAAACGAGGGAAUGUGGUAAAGAGCAGCUCGAAAUCUGUAAAACGGUACUGGAAGAACUCAAGAGGUUGAGAGAGGAACGCCUGAGGGUGGGACAGCUGAUUGCCGAACCAUGA